AAGCGACUAAACUUCAAGAGGAGGCCAAGAGUGGCAGCAAAUAAUGUGGAAAAACCACAGUGUGAUGCUUCCACUGGCCAAAGGACUCCCUCAGAGUACCUGUCAUCGGCCAGCAGUGAUGACACAAGACUAUUGUCCAUGUCUUCUAUGACUAGAGGCCGGCCCCCUCUUCCCCCACCUCAUGGUUCCUACUCAGAUACUUCUAGAAAUGAAGGAUCCAAACCACCUCAGAAACUUUCAGAGGCAAAGCCUCUGCCAGCAGCAAGAGCUCUGCCAUUACCUAAACAUGACCCUCUUGUGGAAAAGACCCUUAUGGAGGCUCAUAGAUAUUUGGAGCAGGAGAAGUCCAUCCAGCCUAAGCCUGAGCCCCUGCCUCGUCGACGGCUGGCUAGUUUUGGAGGCUUAGGUUCCACAGGUUCACUGUCCCCCUUCACAGGCUUGGGUGCAUACAAUCAGAACAACAACAGGAACAAGUCCACUGAUGCCGGAGGUGAUUUAUCUGUUCGGCUUAGCUCUUCCCUGGGCAUUAGAGGCAGCACAGGGUCCCUGAAGCUUAGUCCACAGAACUCUGGUAGGUCCACCCCAGUUACAGGUCUGAGCCCCAUGCACCUGCAGCAUGUUCGCGAUCAGAUGAUGGUAGCUCUGCAGAGGCUGAAGGAGCUGGAGGAGCAGGUGAAGACUAUCCCUAUCCUGCAGGUGAAGAUUUCAGUCCUUCAGGAAGAAAAGAGACAACUGGUUUCUCAGUUCAAAAAUCAGAAUGGCCACCAAGACCUGAAUGAUGUGUUUCGUAAAAGAACCCGAAGCACGGGGAGUUCUGACCACCCUUGGAAGGUCUCCGGACUUGAGAAGGAGGUGAAGAUAGAAAGGGGACUUGAAAGCAUAGUGAAAAGUGACUGCACUGGCCUCAGAGAGUUCAGGCAACUGACUGAAGAAAUGCAGGCAUUAGAAAGAACCAUUAAAAGUGGAUGUUUGCAAGCACCGCAUGGACUACGCAACAGCACACGGCAUGUCAAACCCACUAAGUCAGUUGCAGUUGGCACUGAUGAAGAUGUAGAGAUAAUCUUAUCUGAACCCACAAAGAAAAACAAAUACGCUUGUGUUGACACUGAGACAAGGUCUACUGCCAAAGAAGAAUACACUUGUGUUGACACUGAGACAAGGUCUACUGCCAAAGAAGAAUUUGAAGUUGACUUUGAAAUUGUUGCAGAAAGAGAAGCCGCACUUAAAGCCCAACAGCAAACCAUUGUAAUGCUGAAGGAAAGAAUCUGUGAGUUAGAGUCGGAGUUGAAGGAAUCAGCCCUCCAGACAGAGAUGAGCCGUUUGAAGUUUGAGCUCCAGGCUGCAGAGGCUAGGAACAAAGUCAAUAAAGCCUCUAUUGCUAAGCCCCCCACUGAGAACAUAGGCACUGAGGCUAGGACACAUACCAGGAGUCAGGGUGUGGGUACCCAUACAGAGCUACGGGAUGCCUGCAUAUGGGGAAGGGAAGGGGUCCAGCGUUGCACUGUGGGGGUAUCUUGUGAGCUUGAGGUCAGGAGUGUGAGCACGGGACCAGAUUUACCUAUGAGCCACUGGGAGGUCAAGGAGCGAGUGGAGAGCAGAGAACAAUGUGUGGGGAUACAAGUCAUGACAAAGACACAAGCGGUCGGGACAGAGAUUAAAAUGACCGACGCAGUGACCAACACCGACAUUACGAUGGAGAUUCUGCGGUCGGAGGAAGGGAAGAGAGAGUAUUGCUCAGUGGCUUGCGGAGACUGCUCGGCUGAUAUGACUAUUACCGAGGCAAGGGAGGUCAUGUGUCUUGGUAUGGCUACGGACCCAAUUCGAGGGGUUGAUCUGGGCAUUAUGGCCUCACCCCAAACAGCCUCACAGCACACCAACACAGUGUCCAGUUCAGUGUCCCGCUUCACCAAUACCAAACAUGCUUUUAACACCAACUCCAGCACCAACACUGUUCUCAACACCCAAGAGAAGCACACCAAUACAGUUCAAACGGCUACAAAGACGACGUCUGCGGGAUACAGGAUCCAAGAUAUUCAGGGUGGCUCAGACAUACAUGCAUUUGGUGCAGGAGCAGCGGCAGUCAUAGGCAACACUUUCAAAAACACAUCCGUUAAAUUACCCAAGAAAACAACUCGAGACACCGGUGUUGGAUUUGCCAACAUUUAUGAGAAUUUUCUAGUUGGGCUGAAAACCCGCAAUAUGGCCUGUGGGCCUUCCCAUUUACCUGACCCCAACAAAACCAGGAGCAUCGGCGUUGGUGAGGGCAAAAUACGAAACUUGUCAGCACCGUCCCAAAUAUCUGGACCAACGGCCCAACAUUCAACCCAGUUCCGGGGCGACCCAGAUCUUAAUCAUUACAUAGAGAAGAUGCAGAUGCUACUCGGGCAGCAGCAGGGCCCUCUCACAGAGAUCUGCGGUGGCCUUGGUGCUGGAUUUGACCAGCAGCACGGCAGCCUGGGAAACACUAGCUCGAAGCUGCCCUGUGCAGUUAUGACACCAGGAGGAAGAGACGUCUGUUCUUUAGAGUCACAGCUCGCAGCCAGCAGACCGUUCCAGAUGAAGGGCGACUUCCCUAACAGCGAUAAAGCAAAGCCCGAUAUCUGUCAAGUGAAUUGUAACGACUCGGAUGUCAAAAGAAAGAUCCAAAUGAUCGAACAACAUGCACUCUCUGUUCUGCAAGACAGGUCGACCAACGCCAGUCUGCGGUCUAUAAUGAAGAAACAAAAUGGCGAUCAAAGCAGCAGCAACAGGCAGAACCUGAAGUUCUUGAGCUUGACUACUGGAUUAGAACCCGUGUCAAGUCACGAGCCUUCUACUUGUCGAGCUGCUUACUUUGACGAAGAGGAGGUGAAGGGGAACAGAAAAUGGAGGGAGAUUUCUGGCUUGUGUAAUCAUGUUGGGUUUCAAGAUGGACAUGACAAAAGUAUGUGCAACAGGGACAUGGGAGACUUUGUGACCCCAGAGACACAACAAAGCUUCAGCCUCAGUGACAGGAUGAUUUCCGCAUGUGAAACGUUGAGGACCAGCCUGGGCGGUAACGCGUCCGUAUCUGCCAGUGACCUGCACGCCUGCCUCCACACCCUGCAGCAGGAGUGGUUCUGUGUGUCCAGCCGGAAGUCAGCCUUUCCUUCCGUGGUCAAGCACUACUUGUCUGCGUUUAGGGGUAUAUCCCCCUUAGUGUUACGAUAUGUUGCAAAUAUGGCUGACGACAACGGAAACACAGCCCUGCACUACAGCGUGUCUCAUUCAAACUUCAGCAUUGUUAAGCAGCUGCUCGAUGCAGGGGUGUGCAACGUCAACCAGCAGAACAAAGCGGGCUACACACCCAUCAUGCUAGCUGCGCUGGCGGCUGUGGAGACGCCGGACGACAUGAGGGUGGUGGAGGAGCUCUUCACCAAAGGAGACGUAAACGCCAAGGCCAGCCAGGCGGGUCAGACGGCACUGAUGCUGGCGGUGAGCCACGGGCGGAUGGACAUGGUGCAGGCGCUGCUGGCGCAGGGGGCACAGGUCAACCUUCAGGAUGACGAGGGCUCUACGGCGCUGAUGUGUGCAAGCGAGCACGGGCACGCGCAUAUUGUCAGACUGCUAAUAGCGCAGCCAGGCUGUGACGCCACCCUGAGUGACAGCGACGAGAGCACAGCCCUGUCCAUUGCACUAGAAGUAGGUCGUAGAGACAUUGCUGUGCUUCUUUAUGCUCAUGCCAACUUCUCCAAAGGCCAGGCUGGGGGAACCGCUCAUCUCGGCAGCAAGUCCCACUCCUGGUCUGGUAGAAGAAGCGUCGUUGAAUGA